CUUGUUGUUAAAACGGGUUACGGCUCUAUUGCUAUGAUCAAAUACAAUGUGAAUGGGUAAUCGAGCUCUGUGUAUACCAGGCCUUACGGGUUUUUCUCUUAACUAGCCUGAAGAGCAGCAGUGUGGGCAAAAUAUCAACGUUAAGUUGUUACUGCAGGUUUGGCAUAGAUAUGACCCGUUCAAAGCAGACUGGGAAUCACAAAAGUGACAAAAAUAAAAAAAAGGCAAAACUUUGGAAAACCAAACGGCGGGUAAAAGAUUUGGACCAGAUUCAUGAAGAUCUUCGUCCACAGAAUGCCCAUCGUUUACUGAAACAGGAAAUCGAUUACAAUGUUCCUGGUAAUGCCCAGCACUACUGUCUACAUUGCGCAAGAUACUUUGUGGACCUGAAGACUCUGAAGGAGCAUUUCAAAACCAAAAUUCACAAGCGCAGGUUGAAGCAGUUAAAAGAAGAGCCAUAUACUCAGGAAGAAGCAGAAAGAGCUGCAGGGAUGGGCUCUUACAUACCCCCAAAACAAAUUGAGAUCCAGACACAGGACGUUGCAAUGGAAUAAUUGUCUCUUGCCAUACAUUUAGACGUGUGGUCUAAAUGUAUGGUACCCUUUUCUUUUCUAGUGGACACUGGGAUUCUUUAGUGAAUAACUACUUUUUUCAGGCUGCUGAUUACAGAAGAUAUCCCAUUAUCCUUUUGAGCUACUACAUUCUGACUUUCAACUUGCAGUAGAUAAAAAUAAACAAUGGUAUUUUGAAUUGUAUUCUGCUAGCCAAGCCUGAUACCGCAUGUGCCAUGUUUCACAUUCUUGUUUAUUUUUUUGUAGUACCAAUAAAGUUUUUACUAAAGCUCA